AUGGCAGAGCCUGGAGAAGCAGCAGGAGACGAACGGGCAACUCUACGAUCACCACUAACAGUAACAAUAACACUGACAGUUGCAGUUGUAGAGUCACCAGCACCAGGAUCAGCAGCUUCAGGAUCACUAGCAUCUGAAGCAACAGUGGCAGCAUCUGGAGGAGCAGUAGUACUAGUAAAGGCAGAAGUAAUCGGAGGAUUACCGGCAGAAGGAGCAGGAACCGGAAUUAAUGGACCACAACAGAAUGGAGAAUCACAGACACAAUCAACUGUGAAGACAGAGGAAUCUCAGAAGACAGAGGAACCUCCAAUGACAGAGAAACCUCUGAAGACAGAAGAACCUCCAAAGACAGAGAAACCUGUAUUGACAGAGGAACCUCCGAAGACAGAGAAACCCCCAAUGACAGAGGAACCUCCAAUGACAGAGGAUCCUUCAAUGACAGAGAAACCUGCAAUGACAGAGAAACCUCCAAAGACAGAGAAACCUCCAAUGACAGAGGAACCUCUGAAGACAGAGAAACAUCCAAUGACAGAGGAACUUCCAAUGACAGAGGAACCUCUGAAGACAGAGGAAUCUCAAAAGACAGAGGAACUUCCAAUGACAGAGGAACCUCUGAAGACAGAGGAAUCUCCAAAGACAGAGGAACCUCCAAUGACAGAGGAACCUCCAAUGACAGAGAAACCUCCAAUGACAGAGGAACCUCUGAAGACAGAGAAACCUCCAAAGACAGAGAAACAUCCAAUGACAGAGGAACCUCCAAUGACAGAGGAACCUCUGAAGACAGAGAAACCUCCAAUGACAGAGAAACCUCCAAAGACAGAGAAACCUCCAAAGACAGAGAAACCUCCAAAGACAGAGGAACCUCCAAAGACAGAGGAACCUCCAAAGACAGAGAAACCUCCAAUGACAGAGGAACCUCCAAUGACAGAGGAACCUCUGAAGACAGAGGAAUCUCAAAAGACAGAGAAACCUCCAAAGACAGAGGAACCUCCAAAGACAGAGGAACCUCCAAAGACAGAGAAACCUCCAAUGACAGAGGAACCAUCGAAGACAGAGGAACCUUUGCAGAGUUCCUUAAUGCCAGGUGUAAACAGAGACGGUUAUGAAAACAGGGUGAAGAACGAGGUGAAGAAGAUCUGCCCUGAAACAGAUAAUUCAGUUCAGAGAGAAAAUAAGGAUGCUGGAACUGCAGGAGUCAAUGCGGAUCAAGAUAAAAUAAAGCAACUAUUUCACAGAAUUCAUCUGGAAGACAGGUGGCAAAAUAAACUAAGAGCUGCAGAUGUUCUUCAGAUAACUGAACAUUCAUUACAGUCCCAUGAGUCUUGUGCUGAAGAGAAACUGAGUCAGACUUUCAUACACAAACUACUGAUGAUGAACUACAGAGCAAGAUACAUCAGUGUUAAAGACAUUAAUGAACAUGAUCAAAUACAACAAAGAGAUACUGACGAUGAAGAUGAGGCUGACGAUGAAGAUGAGGCUGAUAUUUUGGACUCUUUUCUUAACAACACAACUUCUUUGUCAAACACUGGACCCAGUCAAUCUGAUCGCGUUCACCCAAUGGAUGUUCAGAUGGCCGUGUUUCAUUGUGCUGAUGGUUUCCUGAAGCAGUUGAUGGUCACUAAACUGUCCCAGUGUCAGUACGCUCUGCCUCUGCUUGUUCCUGAUCCAGACACACAACAGAUUGAGUUUCCUCUCUGGACAUUCAGACAAAUCAACAAGAGCUGGAAGACGAGAACCACCAACAAUGAGAUGAUCAGUAAAACCCAGCCGAUCUACAAGACAGAAACUCCAAUGGUGUUUUUCUUCAGGUUUGGCUCUGUGUCUUCAUCCAAGUCUCAGCUGAUGAACAGUCUGAUCAAUGAGAAACACAACACGUUCUUCCACAGGAACUGUCCAGGCAGCAGCAGAACCAGAGUCCUGAUGGAUGGAGUGGUGGAGAUCGCCUGGUUCUGCCCCUCUGGGAAAAACACGGAUAAAUUCACGGACUGUGUUGUGUUCUGUAAUCUACACGGUGAUGCAGGAGAUCAUGAGAAACAACUGAAGAUCCUCACUGAAAUGGCCUCAGUCAAUGUUGUUCUUUUACCACAACUUCAGAAAAAUGACAGAAGUGCAGAAAAGAUCCAGAACCUGAUCAGAAUCAAAAAGCCACUUAUUUGUCUUUUUACGGAGGAUAAAUAUUCUUUAGUGAAGAUGAAGAAAGGGAAAUUCAAGAUUGGCCUGAAGGACAGAAAUCAGUCAGAUGUAUCUGAAGAACUCAGAAGAGCUAUAAAUGAGUGUCUCUCAGAAUCAUCUUCCACUUUCAGACUUGAAUAUUUUUCCAAACACUCAGACAUCAGAGUAGAUGAGGAAGAAGACUGCAGGAGAGGAAGAGAAGCAGCCCAGCAGAUGAUGAGUUUACUGAAGGAUAAACAUCUGACAGAAAUCAAAGACUCAUUUCUGCCUCAUCAGGGGAAACUGUGGCAUCAGUGGAGUCAGAAGAACAAAGAACUACAUCGACCUCAAGGAGAAAUGAUAGAAAUGGAAAAAAGUAGAAUAAAAACAGAAAUGAAGAAAAUCCGUAAACAACAGUAUGAAUCCGACAUCAGUGAGUUUAUGACUCGCUUUCAUAAAACAAUGAACUCACAUUCUGAAGGUGAAAGGAUGUUUUUUUUCAAAUGGCUCAGUGUCUUCCUGGAUGAACAUACAUCAGCUGACCUUUCUGCUCUACAUCAUAAAUAUGAUAAAACAUGGUCAUCAGUUUUAAAACUAAAAGAGAACAAUGAAAAAUCUGAACACCUCACAACUGAACAAGCAGAACUUGAGAAAAUAUCUGAGGAUCUUCAAGCUGCAGCCUUUGGUUUGGAGCACAUCAUGAGGGAGAUCGGUCAGAUCUAUGAAUCAUGUUCAUCUGUGAAGAAGAACAAGAAAGAUCUGCAGGUUCACUUGUCUUUUCUCCCGAGUCUUGCAGCACAGAUGAUGAUCUCUGGAUUUCCACUGGAGCUGAUGGAUGGAGAUGCUGCUCAUGUUCCUGUGAUCUGGAUCUCUGCUGUUCUAGAUGAACUCAUCCAGAAACUGGGAGACCAGAGAGUCUUUGUGCUGUCAGUUUUAGGGAUUCAGAGCUCUGGGAAAUCCACCAUGCUGAACGCCAUGUUUGGACUCCAGUUUGCCGUCAGUGCUGGCAGGUGCACUAGAGGAGCUUUCAUGCAGCUGGUCAAAGUCUCAGACGAGAUGAAGACACAGAUGAACUUUGACUAUAUUCUGGUUGUUGAUACUGAGGGUCUUCGUGCUCUAGAACUGACUGGAAGAUCAACAAGACAUCAUGACAAUGAACUGGCCACAUUUGUUGUUGGUCUUGGAAAUCUGACCUUGAUCAACAUCUUUGGAGAAAACCCAUCUGAGAUGCAGGACAUUCUUCAGAUUGUUGUUCAGGCCUUCAUGAGGAUGAAGAAGGUCAGACUGAAUCCCAGCUGUGUGUUUGUGCAUCAGAACGUCUCAGACGUCACAGCUGGAGAGAAAAACAUGGAGGGAAGGAGACGACUUCAGAAGACACUGGAUGAGAUGACAAAACUCGCUGCUAAAGAGGAAGUCUGUGAUGAAGAAUGUUUCAGUGAUGUCAUUAGAUUUGAUGUUCAGAAUGAUGUGAAGUAUUUUGCUCAGCUCUGGGAAGGAAGCCCACCGAUGGCACCACCAAACCCAAACUAUUGCGAGAACAUUCAAGAACUAAAGCAAACUAUAUUGUCUCAUGCCUCAAAUUCACAUGGAUUUAUGCUGAAAGGCUUAAAAGAUCGUAUUAAAGAUCUCUGGGAGGCUUUACUGCAUGAACGAUUCGUCUUCAGCUUCAGAAAUUCUCUGGAGAUUUCAGCCUACAGGAAACUGGAGACCGAAUAUAGCAAGUGGACCUGGAGUCUUCGCAGUGCCAUGAAGGAAACUGAGAACAAACUACACAACAAAAUAGAAAAUGAAACAAUUCAUGAGGUUGAAGAAACUGGUCUGCAAGAAGAACUGAAGAAGACAAAAGAAGAAGUGGAAAAAUCAAUGUCUGGAUUCUUUGAGAAAGACAAAGAUAAAGAUAUACUGAUUCAGUGGAAAACAUCAUUUGAAAUCAAAAUCAAGGAGCUUCAGGAAAACAUCGUGAGAGAAACCAAGAGGAAAUUAAAUGAGGUUCUUCAGCAGCGAGACCUGAAGAAAAAGAUUGAUGCUCAGAGGACACAUCAAGAAAACACUCUCUAUGAAAAGAGCAAAGAACUUGCCUUAAAACUCAAAGCUAAAGAUGAAAAAACACUGAAGAAAGAGUUUGAUCUGUUUUGGGAACAGUGUGUGAAGAAGAUUAAUUCAAACACUCCUGCAAUCAAAGAUAUUGAUAUAAUGAGAGAUGUGAGAGAGAUCCUCAGUGACACCUAUAAAAGUGUUUCUGAGGACCAAAGGAUGAGGAGCAGAGAUCCUUUCUCUGUGUCCAGUUUUUCGGAUUAUGUAAAGGUAAAAAAAUCAAGUGGAUUGUUAACAUAUGUCUACAGAUCAGCUGAAACAUUUGUUUGCGGUUCUCUAACUAAAGAGGAUGAAGUUCAAAUAAGAGCAUUAGUCACAGACAUUGAUCAGCAUACAAACAAAGAGAUUCAAUCAUUUAACAUUUCAAAGUUGGGCUACAACAAGAGCUGCAUUCAACAACUCAUAGAUUACAUCAAGGUAAGCAUAGUACAACAUGAGGAAGGAUCAGUGAGAUAUGAGUUCAAGCAUGAAUUCUUCAGGGAUUUGGUUCUUUCCAUUUUCAAGAGAGCAAACACGAUGAUCUCUGCCCAACACGGACUAUUCAGGGACGCCAAUGAUCCUGUAAUAUAUUUUAAGAAGAAGAGAGAAGAGUACUAUAGUAUUUUCCAGAAAUACUGUCAUGGAUCAACAUCGGCUGCUAUUUUUGGUGAAAUCAUCUGUCAGAAACUGAAAGAGCCCAUUGAGCAGAGUGUCUACAAGAAGAUUGCCAGAGAUCUGGCUGAUGAAAUGAGAUCAAACUGUGAAUCACUGAAUGGAAACAGAUCAAACCUGGAGAAAUACAUCCUGAAGACACUGGCAGAAGAGGGGGAUUUUGAAAAAUACAUGAACUACAUUCAUAAUCCCAGAGAUCACUUCAAAGGUUUCAUCAGAGAUGAAGUCAGUUGGUACAUCACUGAUAAGUUCAGUGUCAGUGUUUUACCCAAGAUGGAGAAGAACAUAAAACUCCUGCAGCAGAAGAUCAUGGAAGCAGCACAUGAAUCAACUGAACAUGUUCAAGAGAAUAAAGGAGAUGUUGGAUUGUGGUUGAAGAGUUUCACACAGCGGCUCUCAGACGUGCUGAUCUUCUCUGAAAAAGACCUCAGUGGAGUCAAACAUGAUGAUGUUGAUGUGAAACUCCUAGAAGAUGUGAUAAAGAAAGAACUUCCCGCUAUAAUAUCGGACAUCAGCAGAGGAUUCACAGAGACUUUUCCAGUAAAGCUGGACAAUAAAGACAGACCAGAUGAGCUUCUGAUUGAUCACUUCUGUCAGUGCUGUUGGGCUCAGUGUCCGUUCUGUACAGCCAUCUGCACCAACACCAUAGAAAACCAUGAUGGAGAUCACAGUGUUCCUUUCCAUCGAGUUGAUGGAAUAAAUGGAUGGCAUAGGCGUAACACAGAUAAUCUCUGUGUUAAUUUUUGCACAACUUUAGUAACAAGUAAUGAAAGAUUUCAUGUAUCUGAUAAGUCGUUUCCAUAUAAAGAAUACAGAAGCGCAGGAGGAGUUUAUGCGAAGUGGAGCAUCACCCCUGAUGACUCUGCACUGUCCUACUGGAAAUGGUUUGUGUGCAGAUUCCAGAAAGAUCUGGAAAAAUAUUAUAAUGCAACAUUCCAGGGUUCUGGUGAGAUUCCACCUGAAUGGAGAAAUCACACACAAGACAAUGCUAUUCAGAGCUUGGAUCAUUUAUGCAUAUCUAAAAAAAAGUCUAAAUAGCAAACUUUGUGUUGUCUAAUUAAUUUCUUUGUUUUCUUUGUCUUUGGUUUUCACUUAUAAUCAUUAGUCAUUUAUGUAGUUGUCAUUUUAUUUAUC